AUGUCUUGUGUUGAUAUGACGCCGGAAACCGAUUCAGAGAAUUCGCCGAAGGAGUUGUGCCAAGGAAUGACGAAGUAUUCUCAAGUAGCUUUGGAACGAGCUCGGCCAGUGUAUUGGCAAGGAUACUCGACAAGUGGAUGUGUGCGAGCAACAGCUCUUGAUGCUAUGCAACAUGGAUAUAGUCCAUUUGUGGUUAGGGAAGCAUGCGGGGAUAGAUACCAAGCAGUAAACGACAACAAUUUGUUUGAUAUGGAUCAAAAAUUCGCAGAAGUCAUCCUCGAGGAGGAAAUGUUGGCUAUGUACCCUUCUCUAUGA